AUGACCCUGGCUGCAGUGGCGUUCCAAUCGAUGAUGAGCGGAGCCGAAUGCUCGACCGGCGCCUCACCCCUCUCCUCCCUACUCAAGCAACAAGCUCAGGACCAUUCCCUCCACCAAUCAGGCCUCUCUUCUCAACCGGGUCCAUCGUCGUCGAUGCGAUCGGGUGGCGGAGGCAUGCACCAAUCGAUGCCCGGCCAGAUGCGAGCUCAGGAAGCGGACCGCUUCUUUGAACAGUCCAGUCCGGCCGGGAAUGCUUCGUUCGGCGACCUGCAAGGUCUCAGACGCGAGUUGGACCAGGUCGCUCGCUCGUCCAAUCCGGUACUCAAGGGUGAUCGAGGUCAGUUCGAGGCAGGAUGUCAUCGGCUUGCGUCCCUUGACGACGUGGCGCCAGAGUUGGGUCUCCUCCGCGGCAUAGGCAGAGCUGACGAGUCCCAAAUCCAUGAUCUUACAGGAUGGGCCUCGCAAUACCAACCGGCUGGUGCAUCCCUGAACCCAGUCGACAUGGCGCAGAUGGAGCAGUCGUUCCGUAUGCAGCACCACGGCGCGCAACCCAACGAGCUCUCGGGUUAGUCAGCGCUCGGCCUCACGCCCCUACCCGGCCUAAAUCGGACAUUAUGCUGAUCAUGACUGCUCCAUCACCACCAUAGCCGAAUUCUGGCGCCAUCAUCAACAACAGAGGGCCUCACCGGGACCUUCAAUCCAUGCGGGUGGUGCAGGUAGCACCGGUGGCUCCGCCGCCUACGCCCGAACGGGGUUCGCACCUUCCUACGGUGCCUACGGUGGUGGCAUGUCGAUGCGAUCCAUGCCCAUGAUGGGUGGUUCUGCGGCCGGUGGGAUGUAUCAACCUUCUCCGACUGUACAGCAAGAUGUCAAGGGCAAAGGUCGUUUCGUCGAACUCGAUGAUGCCGACUGGGAAGCCCAAUUCGCUCGCGCCGGCGAAUCCGCACAAGAGCCCGCCGGAGCUGUGACCGAAGAAGCCGACCAAAAAGACAAGAUCAUCGACGACAAGGCCGCUCCACUCGAUACGAUCAACCUCCUCGAUGGUGACUUGGACAUUGACGCCUCCGAAUCGGAUGCCGAGUUGCUCAAGGAGCUCGAAAAGACGUGGCAGAACUUGCAAGGGACCUUGCAGGAAUCGUCGAGCAUCUCGGAUGCCGAGAUGGCGGCUUGGGAGGCGCAGUACGGUUCGCAAUUCGUUAAUGGCGAUGAUGGCGAAUUUGACUUGCCCGAUAUGCGCAAGAUUUGGACCAAGGAUAACGUUGAUGGGUUCUUGCAAGAGGAUUUAUCCUACCCUUACGCCACGGAGAACGAAUACCUUCACCAUCCCGAUCCUUUCGCCGAAGGACAACGUCUUCUCGCCGAGGGAGCACCUCUCAGCGAAGCCGCGCUCGCCUUUGAAGCGGCAUGCAAGCUCGACCCCAGCCGUGCCGAAGCGUGGAAAGCCGCUGGAGAAACCUGGGCCGCGGACGAACGUGAAGUUAAGGGUAUCCGUGCACUCGAAAAAGCCGUCGCGUGCGGUGGUCCCGACGGAGUCGGCGCGUGGAUGUCCCUCGCCGUCGCUUACGUCAACGAAGGACAAGAACUUCGUGCCUUGGCGACGCUCGAGAAAUGGCUCACGCUCGCUUAUCCAACUCUUUCCGCCAAACCCGGUCCUCUACCCUCCGCGACGAACCCCUGGGAUGCAUCGAACCGCAUCAUCGACCUGUUCCUGGAAGCUGCACGAGCAGGACCGAUGGCGCGUGUCCCCGGUCAAUCAAACGAAUUAACCGAAGUGGACCCGGACGUCCAAGUCGGCAUCGGUGUGCUCUUCUACUCCAAUAGCGAUUACGAACGAGCCAAAGACUGCUUCGAAUCUGCUCUGAGCGUCCGUCCGACCGACUUCCUUCUCUGGAACCGAUUAGGUGCGACCCUCGCCAAUGGAGGUCUACCCGAAGAAGCCAUCUCCGCAUACCGCAAAGCCCUGGACUUACGACCCACUUUCACGAGGGCGAUCUACAACCUCGGCGUCUCUUGCUUGAACAUCGGUUGCUACCACGAAGCGGCCGAACACCUCCUCGCCGCCAUCGAUGGGCAAAUGACUCGCGAGAAGAACGGUUCGGGACCGUCCGCCGCGCCCGAUGGUCAACCAUUGGAUGAGGAGGAUGGGAGCGCGAAUUUGUGGCAUACGUUGAGGAGGGCGUUCUUGUGUAUGGAACGUCAUGAUUUGGCGGAUAAGGCUCAUGCGGGGACGCCGUUGGAUGAGUUUAGGAGUGAGGGGCUGGAGUUUUGA